UGGGUCUGCCCUCUUGAAAGAUGAAGCCUCUUCAUACCGCCCUCUCCUUCCUCAUUCUUACAACUGCUCUUGGAAUCUGGGCCCAGAUCAUACAUGCAACAGAGACAAAAGAAGUCCAGAGCAGUCUGAAGGCACAGCAAGGGCUUAAAAUUGAAAUGUUUCACCUGGGCUUCCAAGACUCUUCAGACUGCUGCCUGUCCUACAACUCACGGAUCCAGUGUUCAAGAUUUAUAGAUUAUUUCCCCACCAGUGGUGGGUGCACCAGGCCGGGCAUCAUCUUUGUCAGCAAGAGGGGGUUCCAGGUCUGUGCCGACCCCAGUGAUUGGAGAGUUCAGAGGUGCAUCGAAAGAUUGGAGCAAGCCGGGCAUGGUGGCGCACGCCUUUAAUCCCAGCACUUGGGAGGCAGAGACAGGCAGAUUUCUGAG